UAAAAAAAACAACACGUCCAGUCACUAUUUACUCAUUUACUUACUCUGAAGUUGUUCGAUAACUGUAUUAAUUUAUUUCUACUGCUGAACAGAAAGGAAGAUAUUUUGUAGAGUUUGGGUAGCCAAAGAGUCCUCAAUGACUUGCAUGAAAAAGAAGUAGGCUACCAUGCUAUUAGUAGCCUAAGUAACUCUAUUUUUACUCUGAUAAACGCACAUUUUCCAUUACUAUAAUUAGUGUAAUGAUAGAUGGUCAUAGACAUGGAGAGACAACUUCACUUUCAUGCAUUAGGACCUCAGUUUAAGAAAAAAAGUGGUUUGAUUUGUUUCUGUAUUGUUUAAGGCUUUUUUUAAAAUCUUUUUUAUCUAUGGUACAACUGUUGACAAUGUCUGAGAUAAACUUUAUACCUGUUUUAUGCUUUCCUAUCAUAUCAACAACUGAUCUGUGUUUUUCAGUAAAUGAUGAUUUCAGCUAGACCGUCUGAAAUGUUUUCCUGCCUUGACCUGAAUGCAGUCUUUUAUUACACCUAAUAGCAAUGCAGUGAAAUUCUCUGGCCCAAUUGUCAAAAAUUAUUCUGAAAAGCAACAUUGUUGUGAGGACAGGACGUGCUUUAGAGCUGUUCGCAGAGCACAUGAAUGAGGUAUUCGGCUGCUUGACUCUGAGACAGUGACUGUGAGAGCAUGUUCAUGAUGGGACUACCAUGGCUGCUAGUUCUGGAGCUUGUCCUUUACGCUGGUUGUUUCAUUUGUGGGGUGAUAGCUGCCGCAUGGAUGACACUCACUCAGGGCCACUUUGAUGGGCGAUGCAUCCUCUAUGGAAGUGUUCAGUAUAAUGCAUCUGGCCAGGCUCUGACCAUAGAAGGCUCCAGUUCUACUUCCGUCUGCUAUUUUGUGUCAGCAAUCGCUGUGUGCAUGGCUAUUUACUGCUUUUCCCUCAUUCUUUACUGGAUCUAUGCCAGCUGUGUAGAUGAGGAUGUGAGAAGGGGGACUGUUUCUCUCAACACAUCUCUGGGAGUCUGUGGUCUUCUGCUGUUUUUUCUCUUAGUAACAGGAUGUAUUCUCAAGAUCGGUCGGGACAGCCUGUGUUUCUCUGUCCUUCACAACACUCCCUCUAUUACCAGUUGUGAAGAUGCAGAGAAUAAAACCUGGGCCCAUCCAUACACUGGAAAUCAGUUCUACACUGGACUGUACAGUACUGAGAGGUCUAUGUGGGUAAGCUUCUUCUUCUGGGUGUUAAUAACAGCUGUGGUAGUCAUACAGAGGCGCCAGAGCUCAAGGUUGAAGGUUUGGGGUGAUGAUGAAUGGAGCCGUGCUGAGACAGAGCCCUUCCUCCAUCGCCCGUCCCGCCAGAGAUAAAUCACCAAGGCCACUAUUGCAUGAGCUUAUCACUACAUAUCAUGUAGAGUUUAUUAUAUACACAUAGAUGGGACUACAAGUGGUUAUAAAAUAAUACCUAAUAAUAUGUUCGUUGCAACAUUAUAAUUUUUAUUUAGUUAUACACAAAAACAAUUCUUUGAUGUCUGAUAGCUAUAAUUAUAUACACAACGUUUAAAUACAGUAUAUGUCCAGAGACUUCCAAGACCAUGUCUUUGGACAUGACGGAUAUUAGAAAAAUAUGAAUCAUACUGUCUAAUAUACAGUCAAAAACCAUCAUUGGAAAAUAAAUGAAUCAGGACCCCAAUACAGAGAGGAGGGUUAUUCUAUCACCCUAAAGGGGGUUAUCCUGCUUAAUAUGAGGAUAUUUAGAAAAUAAAUAAAUGGACAUAAAAUAUAUAUAUAUAUUAAAAUAAUUAUAUAUUAUUUCCUAAUUAUAGUAUUUUGGUGAUGUAAACUAAUAUAUAUAUACUGACUCUUUAAGCAGUAACCGUAAUUUUCUGGCUGGUUACAUUUUACCCUAAACAUCUUAAAAUAAGAGCUUAAUGUGAAGAUGUGAAGAGGAUUUGCAUUUUGUGUCCAUAUUUAUGUUAUUGUUAUUCAAAAUUGUGAAAUUUUGAGCUUGUGUACUUAUUAAUAUUAAUUAUUUACAUGUGUGCUGUGGAUUGUCAAAGGAUUAAAUUAAAAAUAUGCUAAUAACUGAUGGUACAAA